AUGUCUGCUCCCAGCACUGCAUCAUCGAGCCCGCCUGCGACUAGCCCUGGUGGUGAAGAUGUUGAUAGCAGAUGGACCGAGGACGAUGGUUUGGGUGCUGGACACCACGCCAACCCAGUACAUAUAUCGAGCAGACCUGAAAGUGACGAUGCAAUGAUGGCUACAGAGACUAGAUCAAGGAACCAAAGUGGUGUUGCCAGUGACUCAGAAAUGAUAACCGGAAGCAGUUCAAGACAGGAUGGAAAUGACGGUGAAAAUGAGGAUAGAGAUGAUCUCACCUUGCCUCUUACACAUGAAUACAUCUCCGCUGGAUCGGAAAAUCAAGAAGGAACAACAUCAACACAAGACAGUUCGACCUCCGGACAGCAAGUAUUACCGAGCCACACAGCCAGAGACCGCAAAAGACGUUUGACCAGCUCAAGCAACCACGAUCGACUGCAACGGGCACGUUCUGGAGACUUAGCGAGACUAGAAACCCCUUCCUUAGUGCCUCAGAGAUCAGUCUCUAUGGUAAUUCCAACAAGGAAAAAGUCCGGUAUGAAUGGCCCAGGGUCAUCAUAUGCAACAGCCAUUGAUAUCACCUCUUCGCCUCCAGAUGCUGGUCCAUCUGCCAGCCGCCGAAACGAUGAUAUACCUUCUUUAACAGAGUCCAUGACCUCUAGCGGCAGUGAUCAAGGCCCGUCUGAUACACGCAUGCUUUGGGAAUCUGGCCCUCUGCCUGUUUCGUCCACCAUUCAUCCUCCACAUAGGCACCAUUCGUCCAGUUUACGGGGCAGUAUAUUGGAUCCGUAUACACAAUAUCCCCAGUCAGGCAGGCCGCGAGGACAGUCCGAAGCGAUCAGGAAUCCCAGGCGUGAACGUCCUUCGGGGGUGGGUUGGCAAGCAUCAGGGACAGAUGAGAGGACUUUGCGUGCUUUCCUGUCUGGAUCCUCGGAUACGCAGACAUUGGCAGAGGCACUGAGGGGCUCUCAGGAUGAGGGGGAAAUGGAGACGACUUUGCCGCGAUGGCAGCCCGAUGCGGAAGUGACGAAUUGCCCAAUUUGUGGCGUGGUGUUCAGCUUUUGGUAUCGAAAACAUCACUGUCGGAAGUGUGGUCGGGUGGUGUGUGCCUCUUGCUCCCCGCACCGAAUUACCAUCCCCAGGCAGUAUAUUGUUCGCCCCCCUGAGUUCUCCCAGUUGCCUGAACACUCUCCCACUCCGCCUCGCCAAAUUGUUGAUCUAACCGAAGAGGAUCCAAUUGAAUCACCGACCAUUAAUCCUGCUCUGGGUGGAGGAGAAGAAGUCCGCCUCUGCAAUCCUUGCGUCCCAGAUCCGAACCCCAACCCACUGGGUUAUGGACGGACGCGAGGUCAUCGCCCUUCCCAUUCUUUGCCAUCUGGCAUGGGUAACCGCUUUCCUCGCGAAUCGGGUGAGGGCUCCGCGAACCGCCAAGCUCUCCGGCACUACGGCCCUGAGUCCCUGCGGGCUAGUAAUAAUGGGCGGCAGAGCCUUCGUGAGGAAGAGCCGGGCUACGAAUCUCCCCUCGACCUGACCACCUCCCAUCAGCGCCCGGCUCCAUGCGAGCAAGAUCUAUGUCCCAUCUGUGGGCGAAGAUUCCCCACAAUCAGCCGCGAGCAGCCAAUUGAGGCACGCGAGGCGCAUAUUCGGCAGUGCAUCGAUAACUACGGUGCCCCGGCUGCAGCACAACCCGUUUCCUCCGCGCGCCGGGGCCCGCCACCGCCCCCACCUCCGCCACCGGUGUCUCGAAUGCUGGAAUUCGCCGCCACAGAGAAGGAUUGCAUCGGUGAGGAUGGAGGUCCCGCCGAGUGCACCAUCUGCAUGGUGGACUACGAGGGUGGAGACUUGUUGGUCCGCCUGGAGUGCUUGUGCAAGUUCCACAAGCACUGCAUUCUGGACUGGUUCGUGCACAAGAUGGAGUGCCCAGUGCACAAGGUAGCAUAG